ACCAUUAUUAGCAUUUUCAUUUAUCACAAAAACUACCAAGAUGGAGUUUCCUGUGGUCUCAAUUCUUCUUCUUGCAUGUUUUGUCUACCUGAAUACUAAUAACAUCGUGCUGUCAGUUCAUGCAGUUGAAUCCCCACAAUACACCGUGAUUCACUCAGAUUCUGAUUUUCAGAUCAGACUCUAUAAAGAAUCCUGGUGGGUCUCUGCUUUUGUCCGUGGAACUUCCUUCCUCAACUCAACCAAAGCAGGCUUUCACAGGUUGUAUCAAUACAUUCAUGGAGCUAAUCUCGACGCUUCUCAAUUUGCAGUGACGGCUCCUGUCUUAACAAGUGUCAGCCCACUGGCAGAUGGUUCUGCAUAUUUUGUGAGAAUGUAUCUGCCUGUUAAUAGAUCUCCUCCACAGCCUAAAUCCGAACUGAAUAUACAGAUUGACGAGUGGAGAAGUCACUGUGUAGCCGUCAGGAAUUUUACCGGAUUCGCCAAGGAUGAUAACGUUAAUAAAGAAGCUGAAGCUCUUGCUGAUAGCCUCAAUAAAUACUUCAGUGGGAACACAACAGCUCCACAAGAUAAAACUUCCUACACAAUUGCUCAGUACAAUGCUUCCCGUCACCUUACCGGUCGUCUGAAUGAAGUGUGGAUGAAUGUUUCACGAUUCAGUGCGGAGGGAUGUCCGACCUAAGAAAUGAAUUAUCAGUUUGUAAACUCUUGUCAUAUCCAGAAAUAUCAACAGCAAAAUGCAUGUUCAUGCUUAUAGAAUAAGCUUAAAUAAUUUUCAUAUUGAAAAUACCUCUCUUCAUCAUCUUAUUUGGAUAUCUCUGGUAUGU